AUGGCGACUCUCGUUUCUCUUGAUGACCAGCGUAUUUGGGUACCACCAAAGCACAAGUCUGCCAAGGGAUCUUUCGGCAAGGCAUCGUCCUGCAAGCAACAGGGGCUAUCGCAACAGGACAGAGCGGCUAGAUCGCGUCAGGACGGAUCUGUGCUACCCAAGAGCGCGCCGUCACAUUGUCAGAUGACCAGCAAUGAUGUAAUUAUUAUUUCCUCCGAUGAGGAAUCUGACACCGGCGAUGAAGAUGACGGUGUCAAUGACACACUGCAGGGUCCUCGGCCACAUCAACCGCAUUCAUCCGUUGCGGGAAGCGAUGCAUCCGGGGAGUGGGUUGAAUCUUGCCACCGAAGAACCGACGAAAACCCUCCUCAACUUCUUGGCACGGCAGAUCAUCACACUAUCGCUUCUCCACCAGCGGAUGAACAAGACCCAGCUCAGGCAGAACCAAUAAGUCCAGCACCAUCUCGAUAUAUGGCCAACGACUCUAUGGAGACCCCGGUUACACAAUUUGUAUCCGUGCCGCGAACUUCAGGCUUCUCAGGCAAAAUUGCACCCGAACGGGCAGACUCCUUUGAGGCCGCUCUAGAGUCUGAUGGCGAAUUCUGCCCUUCUCGUCAGCUUCAGACUCGAGGCACGACUCUGCCGAAUCAUAAUGAUUUUGUCGACAAUAGCGAUAACGCUGACGCUGCGUCCAAUUUCAGGCAGCAAAGAAAAAGUUCUUCCAUGCUUGUGCAGCCCGGUGACGAUGCCACUGUCGGAAAUCCAACCCAUGGAGGCGAGCUCUCGAAUACAUCAAGCGACGAUGCACAAGAAUUCUCGGGCUGCGGUCGUCAAGGGUGCCAGACAGUGGGGUCUGAGACGCAGUCUCUUGAGGAAGCCCAUUCCGGCGCCGCUACCGCGGAAAACGCAGAGGGAAGGACUAGAAUGCCCAACGCCUCUGGCGGUAGCAACAAGCGACGGCGUCGCAAAGCUCGUGAAUCCUCGGGCGAAGGAAGCGACAGCGAUGGAGAAUUUAUCCCAACACGCAAGCUUCGAAAAGCGAGCUCGCACCGUCACAAACCAAACCCAAGCUAUUAUCGCAAAUCUAAAAGAUACGCCACAGAACCGCAAACCAGGAACCAGAGGAAGAUUUUACCCGCGAGCGGGGAUCAUAAUAUGGAUACCACCAUUGCAAACUAUGAAGAAUGGUUUCUUUCAGAUGCCAUGCUCAAGUGUAUACGCGAUAACGGUACCAUGACGUUUCAAAUGCAAUUCACCCACACGCCCUCUCCCUGUGGCAUUCACGCCAAACAUCCACAAAAGACGACAAAUGAGUCACCCAAAGGCAUGCACCAGCCGCAGAGCCACGCAAUAAAGCCUAAAGACCGUCGGUUGCUCGACGAGAACUCUUUGACACCAAAGCAAGACGUUCUAACCCAUCAAGCAUCGCCGAACGAGUCUGAUGAUACUGAUAUCUACAAAGCGGAAUUACUAGCACGGCGGGGUAAGAACAUCUUCUUCCUAAGGUGGGACAUUGACGGCAGUACCGGUUGGGAGCCGCGAAGGAACAUUCUGGACAAGAAAAUGCUGCAAAACUUUGAGUCGACUUAUGUCGGAUUUGAUCAGGGAGUUGAUGUGCUGAGCACACGGGAAAGCAAACAGGGUAAGCGACAAUGUCUCUUGCAUUUCCACGGUCGCCCGCAAGCCGAGGACUCUUGGGUGAAAGAGGAGCUGUUGAGCCCCAACCUCCUGGAAACAGCCAGGCAAAGUGGGUUGGAUUUUGUCUGCACUCCUCAAAGCAUAAAGCUCACCAUAACGACGGUUGUUAAACAUACCCCAACAGAUUCCAAAGAUGAUGCUGCUGAUAAUCGUGGCCAUGGAGGCGAAUAG